GCUCCCCCCAGCUCCGAUCAGAACGACAUUUGAUUAAAAAUAUUUUUCCCCAAGUCAUACAUCAUAAAAUUGCCGCUCACGAGAAAUAUAUCCCCAAGAAGAAGUAUAUUUUCUUAGAAACAGUCGGCGUACAAAAUUUUCUUACUAAACACAUAAACUCGACAAAUAAGUUUGUGCAAAAUUUUAUUGAGGAACAAACGGAAAAUCAAUUCGAAUCAGGCAUCCAACAUUCAAACCGGAAACGAACACCCGCCAAGUAACGUGUGUACGCGCUGCGAACCGGUUUGCCCGCUACUACGCCGAACGAAGAGGCCAACGAGGGGAGCGAUAGGCGUACGAGAAGGUCAAAGCCGAAUCUACGAUGACAGCUCGACUCCGAACAAAAUAAUCUCGCGCGAAGUGAUCACACAGAGGAAAACACGACAAAAAUAGCGAAAAGCAGCAAAGGAGCACGCACGUCGGAACCGAGGGACACACAACACUUCAAAUUUAACCUAUGAAUUGAUUUUUUAUUUAUUUAUUAAUUAGUUUUAUAAAGUAAGCGCGUUUGGAAGAGUGUCGCGACCCUCAAGCGAGGACGGUGGAUUCGAAAUCAGUUGGGAACACCCGUGAAGAUGAUCACAGUGCUACAAUGUAGGCAGAAUUGGCGAAUAUUCCGGUGCGUGAAUUACGCAAAUCGACAAAUUUUCUCAGGUUUUGCUGGAACUCUAAAAUGCAUUACUCGACGAAAUAUUUACGAUUCGGUAAAUAAACGAGCUCUAGAAGCCAGAUCAAAAUUGAAACCAACCAAAAUAUCCCAGGAUCCUCUUGUUUCGGAUACGACCCGAUUGAAGCUAUUAGCAGAACAAGGUAGCUUAUGCCCUCCACGCGAUCAGCCUCCGCCACCGCCAUUACAACAGUUGCCGAACAGAUCAAAAUAUUGUAAACCACCAGCUGGAAAAAGGCCAGGCGUCCCGCCAGGUGGUAGCAAGCCACCGGGUGAAGACAAGAACUUACGAAUACUUAUAGGGUUGCUGGCACUUGGUGGUGCAGCAGCGGCUGCUUACUAUUUGAGCAAUCGGGGCUCGAGGGAGAAAGGUGGCCAAGAAUCGUCGGGCAAAUUAUUGCUACCUGUAAAAGUGCCUCCAAGCUCGGAUGAUCUACCGAAAGAAGUUCCUUAUCUAUUGGUUGGUGGUGGUACAGCAAGUUUCUCAGCAUUCCGUGCAAUCAAGUCCCAUGACCCCAAAGCAAAGGUUUUGGUUAUUUCGAACGAAUUCGAACGACCAUAUAUGCGACCUCCUUUGUCCAAGGAACUUUGGUAUCAUGCAGAGAAAAAUAUAGUUCCAGCUGAUUUCAAAUUUAAACAGUGGAACGGCGCAGAGCGAAGCUUGUAUUACGAACCAGCCGAGUUCUACAUUGAGCCUACAAAACUAAUGCAGAACGAGAAUGGUGGAGUAGCCGUGGCGCAAGGUUACACUGUAAAAAAGGUCGAUGUUUGCGAACGGAAGGUCAUAUUAACAGAUGGUGCAGAAAUUACCUAUGGUGAAUGUUUAUUGGCAACAGGUUGUGUACCGAAAAAUCUUGAUGUAUUCGAAUCAGCUCCUCUGAAUGUGAAGGAAAGGGUCUCAGUAUUUCGCACAACACAAGACUUCGUAAAGCUCAAAGAAAUUGCCGAAUCAAAAAAAUCGAUUGCUAUAAUUGGAAGUGGAUUUUUGGGUAGUGAAUUAUCCUGCGCCUUAGCCAAGCAUGGAAGUGAAAACGGUUUGCAAGUUUAUCAAAUAUUCUUCGAAUCAGGCAAUAUGGCGAAAAUCCUGCCUGAAUAUCUCAGCAAGUGGACGAUGGAGAGGGUGCAGGAUCAAGGUGUAUGUGUCAUUCCUAAGACGCAAAUAGAUGAGGCCAAUUUCCAGAACAAUCAAGUCAAAUUACAGCUAAGCAAUGGGAAAACAGUUAUGGUCGAUCAUAUUGUCGUCUGCGUUGGAUGCGAGCCAAACACUGCCAUCGCGGAAGUUUCGGGGCUGGAGACAGAUUCUAAAUUAGGAGGUUUUGUGGUAAAUGCUGAACUUGAAGCAAGAAGGCAUUUAUAUGUGGCUGGUGACGCUGCCUGUUUCUAUGAUCCCUUACUUGGCCGACGAAGAGUCGAACAUCAUGAUCAUUCGGUUGUAUCGGGUCGGCUUGCUGGUGAAAAUAUGACGGGAGCGAAAAAGCCGUACAAGCAUCAAAGCAUGUUUUGGUCAGACCUGGGGCCACAAGUAGGUUUCGAAGGUAUUGGAGUCGUGGAUUCAGCCCUGCCGACUGUCGGUGUAUUCGCUAAGAAGUCAGCGAGCGAUGAAGCGCGACAAGUGGCAAACCCACAACCUGUUGACUUCAAACACGAUGCCCAGGAUAAGGGUAAGGAAGAAGAGGAUGCACCUAAUGACGAGUAUGACAAAGGCGUCAUAUUCUAUCUGAAAGAUGGGAAGGUCGUUGGCAUUCUGCUCUGGAACAUAUUCAAUCGAAUCAAUGUAGCACGGAAGGUUAUCAAUGAAAACAAGAAAUUUGCCGAUUUGAAUGAGGUUGCGAAACUGUUUGAUAUUCAUUCCUAACUCGUUGAAUGUGGCACACAUACACACUCACAAAGUAAUGAACACACUCUAAUGUAUUAAUUGUUGAUUUAAGCGCAAUUCUUUUCGUUGAAAUGGAAAAUUCGAAAGUAUAUCGAAUGAAUGAUGCAUCUCGUGCGUGUAAAGAGCAUUUAAAAUAUAAUUUUUUUGUUGUACAUUAUUUUCCUCGUCAGUUUUUAGAAGAAAACAAAUAAAUAAUACUUUUAAGAGUUUACAUGAUCCUAGAACUAAAGGUAUUGUAUCGAACGAAGAGAAAAAAAGAGUCCAAAUGAGGAAUAUUGGUUAAUUAUACUUUUUAUAUUAAUACAACAAAGCAACCUGUGUAUUGUACAUUUGGCGUAAAAGAAAAUAGAAAAUGAUGAAGAACUU